GCAUAUGCCACAUUCCAUAUUAAAUUACGUGGCAUAUUCAUAUAUUUAUCACAAAAUAAAAAGGGGAAAAGAAAAUAUAAUUGUCAACCGCCUGUUAGUUAACUUCAAUGCGCGGCUGCUGUUUUGCUCCCAAGAUCGACUUUGAAUGCUUGCAAUUUCCGUCAAAAUUUAGGGAAGGUAGCGGGAAGCGUGUUCUUUGCUGAAAUUGAGAAGAAAAGGGGCAGUAAUUGAAGAAUAUUGAGAUAGUAAAUAAGAGAGAGAGAGAAAUGGUGAGGGGUGAUUUGGGGGGAUCAACAGUGGGGUUGGAUCAAGAAUCGACGGCAACUGGAACAUGGGCGCUUUUCACAAAUGACGCGUUGAUGUCUGCCUUUCUUGGCUUCGCUAUUGCUCAGGCCAUUAAGUUCUUUACUGUCUGGUACAAGGAAAACCGAUGGGAUCCCAAGCAACUUAUUGGAUCUGGUGGCAUGCCAUCAUCCCAUUCAGCUACGGUGACCGCUCUUGCAGUUGGUGUUGGUCUACAAGUGGGUUUUGGAGGACCGCAAUUUGCCAUUGCAUUAGUCUUGGCAAGUGUGGUGAUGUACGAUGCAACUGGUGUAAGAUUACAUGCUGGACGUCAAGCAGAGGUAUUAAACCAGAUUUUAUGUGAGCUUCCAGCUGAGCAUCCUCUUGCUGAGAGCAUACCUCUACGCGAACUUCUUGGUCACACACCUACUCAGGUUGCUGCUGGUGCGGUUCUGGGAUCAAUUACAGCAAUAGUUAUUCAUUUAAUCUGACGCAAUCAGGAUAAAGACUUUGUUUAGAGUUACUAAAGAGUUACUAAAGGUAGCUCAAAGGUACAUAGCAAAAUUUGUUGUUACUAGGAUUAUUCACCAAAGGACAAUUCCUCUGUAACACUUUUCUCCUUCCUUGUUUCUAUAAACGUAUAGUCUGCCUCCAAUAUUUCAUGCAUUUUUUAAUCCAAUCAUAGUUCAAUUGCA